GGGUAUUUUGGUUUUCUUUUUGGCGUUUAAAAAACGAUUUUUAAUCAAAAAUAAUCCCUUUGUAAUUGAAAAAAUAUUGAUAAAAUGGAGACAGAACCUCCUUUAUCGGAUACAGACGACAAUGAAGAUGAUCCAGUCAUAAAAGAGAUACCAAUAAUACAUUCAAAAAAACUAGAAGACAGCCUUUAUUUAUUCCAAUACCCCUUAAAAAGAAAGCUUGACCCUACGGAGAUGAAUGUGCAAAAAUGCUUUUUUAAGCCUGUUAACGAUGAAGUUAAGUUGGAAAUAGGUUUAAACAUAAAUUCCCCGAACUUCGACACGGGUAAGGCCGAAAUUAUAGCGCACGAAGUGGACGGGCCUCUUCACAAAAAGCAGAAAGACAAACAAAUUUACUUCGAGAACGAAAUGGUGGAUAAAGUUUUUUUGCAGUCGUCUACCAGUGUGCAGAAUUGUAAAAAAUACGCUGUAGCGGCUUAUAAUGGAAAAGAAAUACAUUUGACCACGUUAAAAGGUAUAUAUCAAUUUAGGCCUGUAUUUCCCUACUUGGAAAAUGGCUUGAAAAAAAAAAGGCAAGCCGAAGGUGAAGAGUCGGAUGAAGAGGAAGCAGGGCCAAGUACUGCCCAACAAGUGACAGUGAAAUUCAUGCAAAAUGAUGAAAAAUGGAAAAAACAAUUGGACAACAAUUAUAAAGCCCUUAUGGCCAAAAGAGCCGAAGAACCAUGGAGUGAAUGCAUUUGGCAUGACAAAAAUAGCACUAUCAGCAAUGUUGAAAGACUGAAGUUGAUAUCGGAUAAUACGGACGAUAUAGGACAGGCACAAUCUUUGGAAGAUGCUGAAUAUAUUAGGUUAUUAGUUCCAGAAGACCAAGAACAAGCUAUAGUAGAACCUACCUUACCAUCAAACAUAAUUUCUCUACAUGCACUACGGUCUUUUCCCAUACAAGAACAGUGCAAAUUGUUGCUAAAAGAUGCCCAAAUAAUCCAAUUCCAACAACUGCACAUGCUCCUCGCUGGGGGGCAAGGUUUAACAGACGCGAUUUUACUGAAAACCUUGCCGAAAGUGGCGAACCUCGUUCGUGGAAACUGGGUGGUAAAAUCCGAAGUUUUGUACCCUCCCGAAACUUAUUCGGCCACCAGAGGGGUACCAGCCGAAUUGAUGUGUCAAACCAGAGAUUAUGUGCUGUAUUACUUCACCAAGCACCAGUAUGUGGAAAGGAAGAAGGUAUCGUCUGUGAUGAAAAUACCCUCGGAGGAAAUUAAGGAGAUUUUUACGGGGAUUUCUAAGCUGCGGCACAAUAAAGGGUGGGAGCUGUCGUUGCCAGCCGACACGGAUUUUAUCAACAAGCACAGUGAUAUAGUGCAGAAACAGAACGCUUUCUGGACGGAGCGGUUCAACCAAAUCAUGGAGUCGGUAAAGGAGAGCAACGACAAAAGACAGAGGCGGAAAAGUAAGAGUGUCAGUGAGGAUUUAAAGUUGAAGAAUAGUGUGAGUUCGGACAAUGAUUCGGGCACCGAGAUAAAAUCUCCAGUGCUGGGCAGAAAAAAUAAAAAUCUGGAAGGAAAUGUGUGAUAAAGUGGUGCAUUUAUUUGUUGUUGAUUUUGAAUUUAUCUUGUUAUGCCCAAUUGUUUGUAUAUCAGGAUGUACUAUUUAUUAAAACAGUGUAAAUAAACGAACCUAAAAAAAUAAAUAAAUU